GGUGGUGUCUGAGCGACAGGAAUCUGCAUGUGUUUUCGGAGCAGCUGCAGCCGGCACGAUUCACACGCAGGGCAGAGUCCAGCAGCGCAAGGCGGCCGGGAGCAGCCUAUUCCGGGAGCUAUUAGAGGAUCAGCUCUUGUGCCUUCCUGCCUCCGCCGUCUUCCUCGACUGGGUCCGGUGCUGCCCAGGGAUCUGUCAUACGGAAGGUUCCAGGUUGACGAGAGCUUCUCCCGACCGUCAUGGUGAAAGACGAGACAGUGGCUCAUCCUCAGGAUCCGGGGCAAUCGGCGGAGAAGCCCGUCAUCCGCUGCCAGAAAUGCGGCGAGCCCUGCAAGGGCGAGGUGCUGAGGGUCCAGUCCAAGCAUUUCCACAUCAAAUGCUUCAUAUGCAAAGUCUGCGGCUGCGACUUGGCCCAAGGAGGCUUCUUUAUCAAGAACGGGGAGUAUCUGUGCACCUUGGAUUACCAGCGCAUGUACGGGACGCGCUGCAGCGGCUGCGGGGAAUUCGUGGAGGGAGAAGUUGUCACCGCGUUAGGGAAGACUUACCACCCCGACUGCUUCGCCUGCACCGCCUGCAAACGCCCCUUCCCCCCCGGCGACCGCGUAACGUUUAACGGGCGAGAUUGUCUUUGCCAGGCUUGUGCCGCGCAGCCGAUGUCACCGGGGCCGAGAGAGCUGUCCGCGUCCAGUUGUGCCGGCUGCGGACGGGACAUUAAGAACGGCCAGGCGUUACUCGCACUCGACAAGCAGUGGCACUUGGGGUGUUUCAAAUGCAAAGCCUGCGGGAAAGUCCUGACCGGCGAAUACAUCAGCAAGGACGGGUCGCCGUACUGCGAAAAAGAUUACCAGCUACUGUUUGGGGUGAAGUGCGAGGCCUGCCACGAAUUCAUCACCGGGAAGGUCCUGGAGGCUGGGGACAAACAUUAUCACCCGAGCUGCGCGCGAUGCAGCCGAUGCAACCAGAUGUUUACAGAAGGCGAGGAGAUGUACCUGCAGGGUUCCACGGUUUGGCACCCGGACUGCAAGCAGAACGCCAAGGCGGAAGAGAAACUGCGGCCUACGAGGUCGUCCUCUGAAAGCGUUUAUUCCCGGGCCGGGUCCAGCAUCCCGGGCUCCCCAGGACACACAAUCUGUGCGAAAGUAGAUAACGAGAUCCUGGAUUACAAAGAUUUGGCCGCCAUCCCCAAAGUGAAAGCCAUUUACGACAUAGAACGGCCCGACCUGAUCACCUACGAAUCCUUCUACACGUCCACCUACGAGGAGCGGCAGAGUGUGGGGGAGUCUCCCAGGACCCUGUCUCCAACACCCUCAGCCGAAGGCUACCAGGAUGGACGGGAUCGAGUAAUCCAGAGAUCCACCAGCCAGGGAUCCAUCAACUCUCCGGUGUACAGUCGCCAUAAUUACACACCCACCACGUCACGCUCCCCCCAGCACUUCCACAGACCCGGCACUGAGUCAUCCAGUGGCAGGAAUUCCCCGCUCUCUUAUCGAGCUGACAGUCGCCCUCUCACCCCAACUUACGCUCAGACCCCUAAACAUUUCCAUGUUCCAGACCAAGGAAUGAACAUCUACAGGAAGCCCCCGAUCUACAAGCAGCACGAUCCAGCUGCCUUGGCAGCCGCGACCAACUGCGAGGAUAUCAUCAAGUCCUCCAAGUUUCCAGCCGCCCACCGGCCAGCGCCGGACGAAGUCCCAAAGAUUGAGACGGACCACUGGCCGGGCCCUCCAUCCCUCGCCGCCGUAGGGUCCGACACCCGGAGACGAUCCAGCGGGCGCGAUGAAGACGACGAAGACUUACAGAGACGCCGGCAGCUUCAGGAAGAGCAGCUGAUGAAGCUGAAUUCAGGCCUCGGACAGCUAAUCCUGAAAGAAGAAAUGGAAAAGGAGAACCGGGAGAGACCGCACUCCGCGCUCCGAUCCGACUCCCCGCUCAUGUCAUCUCUCAACUCGGAUGCUUCCAGAACCUCCUCUCUCCCGGGCUACGGAAGGAACGGACUCCAUCGGCCGGUGUCCACGGACUUCGCCCAGUAUGACAGUUACGGGGAUAUAAGCGGGGGCGUCCGGGAUUAUCAGUCGCUACCAGACGGCCGCGUUCCUGUGAUGCGCAUGGAUAGGGGAGUCUCUAUGCCUAACAUGCUGGAGCCAAAGAUUUAUCCCUAUGAAAUGCUGAUGAUUACAAACCGGGCGCGGAACAAGAUACUGAAAGACGUCGACAGAACCAGACUGGAGCGUCACCUGGCGCCCGAAAUCUUUCAGGAGAUCUUUAAGAUGCCGAUCCAGGAAUUCGACCGGCUGCCUCUCUGGAGACGCAACGAGCUGAAGAAACGAGCCAGACUCUUCUGAGUCCUGCGACGCCGCCGUAAAGCGAUCUCCAGCAGCCGUGGAUCUGAUACCGCCCCCCCCAUGCGAUAAUUAACAGAGUGUCUGCCUGGGGGGUCCCGCUGGAGGUUGGGGGAGGGGUGAGGGGAUCAUAAGCGACCCCUGCCGCCAAGCACGGGAUCUCCCCUAUAACUGCCGCGCAGGAUGAAACACUCCGCGCCCGCUUUAUCCAAAUACCGGGGGGGAGGGGGGCUCCCCGACGCGUUUUGUGUGUU